UCCUCUGGGCGCUGAGACUCAGCUGAGAAUCAGAGAGGGAGCGAGAGAGAGAGAGCGCUGAAGUGGAAACAGCAUCAGAGAAAGACAGAAAUAGAGCGAUAAAGCAGUGAAUUAGGCAGAGCCACACAGAAGAAGAGGAGGAGGAGGGGAAGGAGGAGUGAGCGUCUUUUCCACAGCCUGCAGAUCAGGUUCGACUCCAGCCAGGGAAGACGCUCCUCUGUCGCCAGCCGUCGGGGGGUGAACGUGACAUCCUCAUGGAUUUUCUCCCGCCUCGGCAUCAGUGGAAUUCUUGGCGUCUGGAUCAGGAGCGGCAGCAUCAGGAGCGGAUGAAGGACGUGACGGUGAGCGGAUGCUAGGUUCCAUGUGGGCCCGUGACGUCUACAGCCUUCUCUACAAGGAUGACUCCAGCAGUACUGACCCAGAUAGUGGAGACCCUGCUCCUCGCCGUGCUCGCCACCUUGGGUGGCCUGUGGAUGUGAUGUGGACAAGGCAUGCUCCAGUCUGCUGACAUCUGUCUCCGUGGAUACGCUCAGUCGGGCUCUACGACCCGCAUCAAUCCCUGAUCUUAAUCCCAGCUGGAGGACAAACAACAUCUGGGCGAGGAGCACGGGGACGGAGCAGAGCCUCAGCAGGGCCCGUGGCAGAUGGUGACACUGCAGCAGAGCUUCUCCAGCAUGGAGGAGACAGUGCGGACUCUGCUGCAGAACCAGGACUCUCUGGAGGGCCCUAAAGUGGACCCCCUGGACCUCAUGAAAGCAUACAAGGACAAACUCCUGGAGGAGAUGUGGAAGCAGCAGGACAGUCUGGAGGGUCCAGCGGCUACAGUGGCAGACCCGUCUGCCUCGCCCGAGGCCGGCAGUGGAUCGGAGGAAAGCUCAAAGGACAGCAAUCUGCUGCUCGAGCGACUCCGUGCCUUGGAGGCGGAAAACUCGGCUCUGUCCCUGGAAAACGACAACCAGAGGAAACAGUACGAACGAUGCCUGGAUGAGGUGGCAAACCAAGUGGUCCAAGCUCUGCUCACACAAAAGGAUUUGAAGGAAGAAUGCGUGAAGCUGCGGACACGUGUGUUUGACCUGGAGCAGCAGAACCGAAUACUGAGCGUGCUGUUUCAACAGCGUGUCAAAAUGUCCGCCGUUCCCGUCUCCCAGGAAAUACAGAUGAAUGGAAGAGCAGGGAUCCCAGCUGGACAGUGGCCCAGCCUAUUGAGUCUGACGUGCCCACGCAGCAGCGGAAGUGGCAGUGAGGUUUCGCUCUCCAGUGGUUGCAGCGAGUAUUCCAGCGGCUCCCACACUUGGGCUGAGGGACGAGGCUUCUCCAAACAGUGUGCCACCAGCCGAGACAAGCGCAUGAGUAUGGGUUUAGGCAAUCACUCAAUGGCCAUUGAGCAACCAGAUUUGGGCUGGAAGGAAGGCCAUAUUCUGAAAGGCCUGAAGCGCCUUCAGAUGUCGGGCUCCACUGAGACACCAAGUCCGGCACCUACGCAGCACUGCAAAGACUGCAUGACCUCAAAUGAGGGGAUUUACUCACUCGGCGGCAAACACAUUGGUCGACAGGAGGCUCGAACCAAAGAAGAGGAGCCGACAAACAAGUCGUAUAAGAUCGCUACAGAGACCGACUCCGAUGAUCCCAACGACGACGCAUCAAAGCUGGAAACUAAUGGGUCUGGGGGCACCCCAAAAAGAGAACGUCUAUCGUUAGAUGAGCUGGAAGUCAACUGCGACGGUGAGAGUCAAUAUGAAAAAGAUCAUGGGAAACCUGACCAGACCUCCGGGCUUUUCAACUCACCCAUCACUGAUAACUUUGUGUUUUCCGCCCAUCCAAACAUUAAACUAGGUGCAAGCCCAACCAACAGCCUCGCGCACCUGAAUGAACGGAAUAAAGACUCGCUAGAGAAGCACAAGCAAUCUGAAAAGAUGCUAAGUGACAGAAACAACAACCAGGAAAGGUCUACAGAUCGGAAAUCGAGACUCGAUUACGUCAAAAGACAACAAGGAAAAAUUCCAGUCAAACAAGUUGACGUUGGAUCGCCUGGUGAGGUAAACAAGGCUGUUCAGAACUGUGCAACAAGAGCGCUGAGCUGCGAAAGUGAAGCCAGACAACGCAGUUCCUCCAUGGAAGUCACUCAUACUAGGAAUCAGACAAGCCAGGACAACUCGGUGUCAGACUCGCCACACAGGAAACCAAAGCCACAGCCUUGCGACUCGGCCAGGAAAGCUUUCAUUCUGCGAAGCAAGAGUGCGGAUGGAGGACCAGAACAGCAGAAGCAUGUUCACUCUCCACUACACCAAAAGCUUAUUAAGGAUCACAGAUCUAAAGGGCACACAAAUCCUCCUGGGAACAGUGUGUCUAACAAAAGGACGAAUCAAAUGCAUGGACCCAGCAAUGGAACAAAAAUUGAGCGAGAGGAGGAUAAUGGAACAGCUACUUCCAGGUCUCUUGAGCGAGUGCAGCAGCCUUCUCCUCUCGCCUCGCCGGUGAAAAAUGCAAAAGUAAUGAAAUCGUCCGGGAUUCAAGAAAGCUCAAACAGCCCGACUAAAUUACCUUCACGUCAAACCAACAACGAAUCUACGGAAGAUAGCAUCUACGAUAACUUGCCUUGCUCUCCAAGAAAACAGCCACGGCAAGAGCAGCACUGCGAAACACCUCGCUCAGAGGACCGGUCUACGUCCCCGCCCCCUCUUCCUGGACGAUCUGCAUCACUGCUCCAUAGGUCUGGUGGUGACUCCCUCCACAGAGCUCACAAACAAGUUCCUCAACCACAGAGUUGUACCACUGGAAAAACGGCAUCCAUUGUCCCAAAAUCACAACCAAUUCAAAGUACCUCCAUCAUGCAACUUCAACAAUCUAGCAAAGUCAAAGAUAACCAGCCCGUGACUGCAAACAUGGAUGUGGACGGAAUAGUGCACAUCAAAGAGUCCAAGAUUUUCAAUACCCACUCCUCAAGGAUGCAACCUAUGCCGGGUCAAGAGUGCCAAACCUGCGAGUCUGCCCAGUUGUCCAUGGACAGACCCAUUCUGUACCACAAUGGAAAUGUACCUGCUUGCAUGAUGCCUAAUCAGAACUUCUUACAAAGGUCACACCAGAGCGUAAGUGAGCCGAAACUUUCUGAAGUCUUGCCCCAGAUGUAUUCAAACAUUUACUGCCACGGCGUGAGUAAUAAUCCCCAGAACUGCACGUCGAGGAUUGUCAAGGUAGCCUACCCGGUAAACGCCAAGUCUCACGAAGCAAUUCCUGGACAGGAGAGUGGAACCUUCAUGGUUUUUGGGCGGGGACAGAAUAAAGACGAGGCGAGCAUCAAAGGUGCCCAAACAUUCCAGACCUACACGUGCGAUCAACAGAUGAUUCAUGAAUACGCCGCUCACGAUAGAUCCCGAAGGAAAAUUGAGACCCGUUGUAGUUCAUUAGAUUCCGAACCAGCCGUUCAGCCGGUUGAAUCGGACAGUGGAGUGAUGUUGGACUGGGGAUUUGAUGAGGAAGGUUGGUUGUUUAAACGAUCCGUUUCAGUGUCAACCAGGCCUCCGCUCAAGCCAGUAAUGGGCAUGAAUGGGGCAAAAGCGCGAAGCCAGAGUUUUGGUGCACGUUACAUGGACAGACCUAGCUUCAACAGAUCUGGAAAGGUUCGUACUCAAAUCAAAACCCACUCAGGAAGCUCCUUAAACUCUCUGGGGGACGUCCUUCCUGGAAGUUUGAGCUGCUCCAGUAGCUACCAUUGUCCCAUGAACCGAUCCCUUUUAAACAAUUUUCUCCUUGAGGAGGGUCUCACAGCUCCACAACACCUAGGAUCCUCCAGUGAGCGGCUCCAGAGUCUCAAACUGCAGCGAGAGCAGGCAAGAAGACUGCAAAUAGAACAGCAAUUUUCAAGUGCUUUUGGGGAGCCUGUGUCCGAAGAACCAGAGAGACAAAACACCAUCACAACCAUCGAAGAGAAGGUGAUGAUCGGCAUUGAGGAGAACCUACACAAGACUCAAGAGCAGGAGAGGAGUGUUGAAGUGAAACAGAAAUCCGGCUCAUCCUUGGCAAAUUGGUUUGGAUUCCGCAAGAGUAAACUUCCAGCUCCAAGCAGCAAAAAGGCGGAGGCUCCUCGAACAAAAGAUGACAAGAGGGAGCAAAAGAUCACAUCUCUUCUGGGCGGGAAGCAGUCCAAAUCAGACAAAAAGAAAGAAAGGAGAAAAAGCGACGGGAAAGAAUGUUCCGUGGGGAGAAGGGAGUCCCAUGAUGCUGUGCGGGCCUGUAUCUCAAUGCCCUGCCCCGGGAUGUCGCUGAACGACUUGCAAGGACACACCGACAUCAUUGUGGAACCGCAGCUGAUGAAACGGAGAACUGAGGAAAAUGGAUCUGCAACAAAGAGCCCCAACCAGGAAGCAGUGAUAGUGGUUCCCAUACCAGUCCACUUCAGCUGUUCUCCUUGUGCCGCAGGCUCCGGCUGCAAGAUGCGAACAUUGGACAGUGGAAUUGGGACAAUCCCCCUUCCUGAAUCCUGCUCCUUCUUCUCCUCCAUCCUGCACUUUCUCCCCAAAUCCUCAUCAACCCCAGAACAGUCUCUGAGUCCUCCCAGUGUCCCAGGGUCCUCCAGCGAGGAAGUCUCCCCUUCCCCGUUACCUCGAUGGAGGAUUCCCUCUGGCUUUAAGGAGGGCAGCAAUGCUGGGGUCCCAAGCUCCUUGUCUGAAUCCUCUGUGACCCACAUCCAGUCAGUGCCUUUCCCCACUGUGGCCUUCCUUCAGCCCGUCCAACCCCAGUCUCCACCAAUUGUGACCUCCGCCCGUGUGUGUGAGACCCAGUGCAGUAUUCCCAGAGCGCCACCAGGUGAGACAAAGCCAAAGAAGCCAACGUACGCAACGCCCAAAACGAAAUCCAACACGAGUCAACAGAAGGAACAGACACGACUGCAGCUCGCCAACUAGCUCACGAAGCUGAAUGUGUCAACCGCAGAACCAAACAUGCAGUUGGAUCAAUAUCUUCAGACUCUCACGGAGCCACAGUUCCACAGUGUCAGGCUGGAACCUCCGCAACAGGACUAGCUUGAAAGCUUCUCCCACAGCUUUGACCUGCUCAGGUGGCUGUCAGGUCCCGUAACCAUUCAUGUGCUGCCAUUUUGGAGGUCUUUGUCAACAGUCGUGACCACUCGAGAUCACUGCUCCGUCAAGUACAAGUACAGUUUUUCUGACUUCACUUUUUAGGCAAGUUGUAGCUGCAAUUCCGGCCACAAGCCUCUUCCAAAUUUUGCGCAAACAGACCGAGUUAUUGAUCAAAAUGAAUGAGACUGCAAGCUUUCUAAUGAAUUUUAUAAUAGUGAUGAUGUGGAUCAGUGUGAAAAAAAAAUUUCAGGGCCUGGUGCUCAAGCCUGAAAAAAGGGAAGCCAUCGCAGUAAAUAUUGUUGUGUUUAGGUUCAUUUGGUUUUACAAAUGUUCUAAAAUCUGAUCUUAUAAAGUUCAGGAUGCAAUUGAAUCCCAGAGACAUUCAACUAUAUUUUGCCUAUUGUGGCAAGACUUUAAAGAAGAAUUACAUUCAAUUCCAUGGUGGGGCAUUGUUCCAGGAUUUUGGCUUAUAAAUGUAAUGCAUUUGACUGUGAGUUAAUUCACAGUAUCAAACUAUAUUAAAAAGGCCUCUCAGUGUGAUUUUUAAUAACUAAAUAGUAUAGCAGACAAUCGUAAAAAAGACCCUGUUUGAUGAUGCAGGAAGUGGAGAAGGGGCUGAAGUGCAGGUCAGGUAAUGAAGAUACAAGGUACCUUGUCAGAUACCAAAAUAUAUUUGAGUGCAACUGGUGAGAGAGUAACUUUUUUCCUCAAUAAUUUAAGACUGAAGAAAAAAAAUGGGCCACUUUUCUACCUGGUCACGUCCCUGCUGCUGAGCAGCUAAGUGACAAUCUAGGAAGGAAUUUAGUCUUUUUAACUAUUUUAUUUUUGAAAACUGGAAAAUAAAUUUUUGAAAACUGCAAAAUAAAAUACUACAAAAAACAAUUUGGGCUGAAGGUCAAAGAAUUAAACCAUGUUUAAUAACAAGUCCUCUGUAUUAAAUUGCACGGCUACAGUACAGUAAAAUGUAAAGUUUACAUGAAGUUUAGAGCUGCAAAAAAAAUCCACUGUCAUCUAGUGGCCAAGGAUGGGAAUUACUAGUCCCUCUCCAGGUCAUGGUUCACAGAUGAUCUUUGCUUCAAAAUGAGGGAUAGUUCCUGAGAUCACAGGAUCAUAAUCCUUGGUGGAUAUAAUGGUAUUGUAAAUGGAAAUAAAAGAUAAUCGUAUGUAGAUGUCACAGAAGGGGGAACAGUGAAGAGCCACUGACUCCUGCAGUGCAGCCGGUGCCUUCUGUGAGACAGACACUGGCAGGAUUCAUCCAGGUAGCCUUACUUCUACAGCACCUAGUAAAAAUUCCGCUGUUGCUUCUCAUACCUGGCCGCGAGGAGAGCAAGUGGACAGAGGAGUAGGUGAGUGAACUGCAGAGAGAAGACCUCCAGGCUGUUUAAAUAAUGCAGGGUUCACCAAAAAGAGCUCAUGUAUAUGUUUAUGACACUCUGUUUUAUCCAAUUAAAACAGAUGCUGCAAAAUGCAUCGGAUGUAUAUUGAAAUUAUAGCAAAAAAAAUAACAAUACACUUUGUUCAAUAAACCAAAAAAGUAGUAACAGCCUAUGUUUUUGAAAGAAGUGUGUGGAUUAAAUUAUCAAUAUGCCGACUCAAACAACGUUUUCUGCACUAAGGCUUUGACAAGCAUGUGAUUAAAAUUGCAGUACAAUCGAGCAGUAUUUCUCCUUAUAGUACAAGAUUUAAUUAUUGUCUUCAGCAACAAAAUACUGCAUUUAUGACUAAAGUUGAGCAGCUCAAGUACGGACAUGAAUCCUUCAGCUGUGUCAGGACGAAUUGAGAAUAUCACUACAUGUUUAGUUUGUGGCAAAUUUUGGCUACAGAGAGGUCAGUAGUCACACCUGCAUAUAAACAAGAGCAUUUUCAUACUUUUCAUCUUCAUUUCAGACCUCCACAAUGGCACUGGCUGAGCUACUGGAGCCAUGUAUGUAACGCGUGUGUCUCCAUCUCUCAUAUGUACAGCACGGACGGCUCCCAUCGCUCGACUGAGUAAUGUGAAUUCCUAAACUGGCUGGAAAGUUGUUCUAUGUUCUUCUUGAUAUCGACUUGCAUGCACGUAAACUCGGGGGGAAAUGAAGACGUCUGUAGCUCCAGGAGACGACACCGGUGUUCACUAUUUACGACACAUAAUCAGUCACUUUAAAGCAACAAAACACUGGCUUUUUCGUCACAAGGUCACCUCUGAUGCAAUAUGAAACCAGAUUUUGUUUCACAGUGAUGACAUCAAGACAAUACCGGUGAGUUUUGCAUGGAACUGUAGUGGUACAAAAGCACCUAGUAGACACGUCGUGGUCGUGCUAGCUCAGGGAAAACACGUUUACUGUCUCUGAUCGAUGCUGUGGAGCAAAAAUGAACCUCAACUUUAUCGUGCAGCCUUUAAAACCGGUCGACUCAGCAACAAUUCUCCUCCUGUCAGACACUGAACAGUAAAAUAUCUUACCAUGUUCCUCUCGCUGUUUUAUAGUUGUCUUUUUUUUGGGGGGUGUUUUUGAAUGCAUCUUCACAUAUUUGUAGCAGCUUCUUUCUCAGUGUUUCCUUCACGCUCACUUCCUUUCUCAGCUCAUGUAAAUAUCAACUGCUCCGAGCAAAACACAGGGAAAGUGAAUGCAACUACUUUUUUUUAUUAAUACAUAUCUCAGUUGUCAUGGUGACGCGAGCCAUAUUGUUGUGUGACGUGGAUCAAUAAGGCAUCGUAGCAUUAGUCGUUUUAUUUAGCUUUGAGUGUUUGCUCAAUAGUGCGACGGCAUCCUAGACGCAGGAAGAAGUUUGACUCAAGCGUGUGAUGUUAUAAGAACAGGACAUUUGUGUCAGGACUGUAAACAAAGCUGUGAUGUCAUUCGCUCCUUCUCUGACACCAGUACAGUGGUACCUCGGUUCUCGACCACAAUCCAUUCCAGACGGCCGUUCGAGAAGCGAUUUGUUCGAAAUUUCAAUCGAUUUUUCCCAUGACAAUGAAUGGAAAUAGAAAUAAUGCGUUCCAAGCCUUAAAAUAGUCUUUUGUAGGAGUGAAUGUAGAGUGUCUGCUGCAGGUGAGCUGUUCCUCUAUGUGUGUGGCCGCUGCAUGUGGGAGGGGUUGCCGAGUGAGUGACGUCUCUCCAGAAGUGAAGAGGUGCCCGGUGCGUGUCCAGCUCUGAAUGUGCGCUUCUGUGCAGUUUGGCUGUGACAAAGUCAUAAACCAAGUCACACUCUGUCCCAGACUCGCCUCAUCCCUGUCCCAGCUCCAGCCCACAACAGGACAUCAAACCCUGGAGUGGAGGUGUGGAGAGCGAGCACCUCCCCUGUGACACUCUACCACGGUCCAGUGCGGAGACAGGAAAGGUUUUACACCUCAAUAUGAAGAAAAAACAGUCAGUAAAUGGAGCUAACGGGACACGUCUGCAUACAGAGGCUGCGUUAUACACAAUAACAAAGCGCGUCGUGGGUCAGCUGAUCGGUCCGCGCACGUUAUGUUUUUUCCGGCUUUUUUCGGGGGCGUUCGAGUUCUGGAUUUUCCUUCAAAAUCAGAAGCAAAAAAAUCUCGAAAUUUUUUGUUCGAAUUCCAGGACUUUCGAAAACUGAGGUACCACUGUACUUCAAUAAAACCACACAUUAAAAAUGGCUAAUGUUCCCAAAAGUUGAAAUUAACGUUUCAAGUUCUGGCCUUUUGUAAUUUAAAACGUUAUACUCUAAAUCUGUGACCAUGUCAGCGAUUGUUAAAUGAACUUUAGCAGACACAACUUUACUAAAAGAACAGAGAUGCAGCAGUAACUUUACCGUCGACAAGUUAUUCAUUCAAGCAACAAAGACUUUGGUUUAAGUUUAAUUGUUUAGGAAUUGGGCAACAAUAAAGAAAAGCUGAAAUAAAGAAAAAAAUCCAAAUCUAGCGUUUGAACUGAACACUCGCCGGAGGAAAGGCAAACUUACCGUGAUCUCUGACGUGUCUUUUAAAGGUGAAUCCGUGUCUCUCCUCCCUCCGUCGCUAGUUUGCCGUCGCACCUGUGAUAUAUAUUUAAGCAUAACAUUUUGGGAAUUGUGCAGAUGUAGCAUGCACGGUCAGGUGUUCAUUGAUCAGGGAUCUGAUUGGCUGCUGUGAUACGGGUCGUUGGAGCAUGACGUCUGUUUAUUUUAUUUUAUUUUUAUUUUAUUUUUUACAAAAAAAAAGAAAAAAUAUAUAAAAAUAUUCACAAGUAUGAGCUUCACUCUCACAAGAAUAUUUUUGUAGCAUUUACUCGAAUGCCCUGUAUUUGUACUCUGCACUGACAAGCGACACCCUCUAUUUAUUACACAAUAUAUGAUUACAAUAACUGUAGUUACUGUUCCUCAUUAUUGCAGCAACUCUCUGUCUAAAUGUUUAUUUUGUUCAUGGUCCUAUAAUAAAAGUGAUGUUUGUGUGUGACACCUUAGCAGUAUUAACUGUACGAUAUUAAUAUUCUUUGUCUUAUGUAAAAGAAGAAAGAGAAAAAAAAAUAAACUAUUUCAAUACAGC